AAUAAAUUUUUUGAAAUGACAGAAAUGGCGGUUUCUGUUCGCAGUUCGCUCUUUCUUUCUCAGUAGCUUCAGUACAAAGGCCAUCAGUUAGCACACAUGUUUUCAUCCUUCCAUCUCUCUCUUAGGUUCUCCGCCCUUCCCAUUUGACCAAAUCCUCAUUCUAACGUCGAAACAAUAACGCCCAACGACCAUGGCCGAUCAGGAGAACUGCAUGCGCGUCACUCGUGCAGCGAAGAAGAGGGCUGCCGCCGCUUUGGCGGCAACACAGUCUCUGCAACUUCCCGCGAAUAAAAAACGAGUUGUGUUGGGGGAGCUCACGAAUUUAUCAAGCCUUGUAUCGAAUCAGCUUUCGGGACUUGAACCCAGGAAGCCCAAAUGUAGAGUGAAGAAGAAGGAACAGAAACCGGUUGUGCCGGACAUUGACGCGGAUUCUGAUGACCCCCAAAUGUGUGCGCAUUAUGCACCCGAUAUCUAUCAGUAUCUCCACUCUAUGGAGGUGGAGGAGAAAAGGAGACCACUGCCUGAUUACAUUGAGAAAAUUCAGAAGGAUGUUACAGCCAAUAUGCGAGGGAUUUUGGUGGAUUGGUUGGUUGAGGUUGCAGAGGAAUACAAGCUAGUCCCCGACACCUUUUAUCUCACCGUUUCCUACAUCGACAGAUUUCUAUCCUCGCAUGCUCUUAAUAGGCAGAAAUUACAGCUUCUGGGCGUUUCUUGUAUGCUCAUUGCCUCGAAGUACGAAGAAAUCAGUCCUCCGCAUGUAGAAGAUUUUUGUUAUAUAACUGACAAUACUUAUACCAAGGAGGAGGUGGUGAAGAUGGAAACCGAUAUACUCAAUUUUUUAAAGUUUGAGAUGGGUAAUCCAACGAUAAAGACUUUCCUCAGAAGAUUUACAAGGGCUGCACAAGAGGAUCGUAAAUCUCCCAAUUUGCAAUUGGAGUUCCUGGGGUGUUAUCUAGCAGAGUUAAGCUUGUUGGAUUAUGGUUGUGUACGGUUCUUGCCAUCACUUGUUGCUGCUUCAGUUGUAUUUCUUGCAAGAUUCACAAUCCGACCAAAGAUGAAUCCUUGGAGUUUAACCCUGCAGCAUUACUCAGGAUAUAGACCGUCUGAUCUAAAGGAUUGUGUCCUUGCCAUACAUGAUUUGCAAUUGAAUAGAAAAGGGAGUUCUUUGGUUGCUGUAAGAGAUAAAUACAAGCAGCACAAGUUUAAAUGUGUGGCAACAUUGGCUUCUCCCCCAGAGAUGCCUAAUCAUUACUUCGAAGACAUAAAAGGAUAAAUGACGAUAUGAUUCUCAGAUUUUGGUCAGAUUGUGGCGACUGUAUGACUUCAAAGCAGAAAUAUAGCUUGGUAUUGGGGAUGAAAGUUACUGGAAGACAUUUAUUUGAAAGGAGAUUUUUUGAGCUUCUACUGCCUAUGUGCCUGAAUGCAGUUCUCUGAAAUGGGUGUAUGACCUAGAAAUAGUGAGUUCAAAGUCUGUAAACUUGAGAGAAGCAGAGCUGGGAGCAUCUCUAGCUAGAAGGAUAUCUUCCACAAGUAACUUCGGAUGAUUAUUGAAAUGGGCAUCAACUUCCUGAGUAAAAUUCUUAUCAUGGUGUGAGCUAAGUUGGUGGGUCAUGUUGAUAUAAAAAAUACUUGUAUCUUCUGGUCAUAUGUUAGUUCUUGAUAGGAUUGUUAUAGGAACAUGGACUUAACUCCUGAAUCAUGAUUCUUUUGUUUUUUUUCCCUUUUUUCAACUAACCUGUAAACAAACAAAUAUUUCAUACUAAAGAGGUUUUAUACUUAGGCCUUGUGCUUCCAGUUUGUCUUUUGAAUGUUCUUUUUAGCCUUUGAUUUUCUUUCUUGGUUCACGACGUGUUUGUAAAUUGUAUUUGCUAUGGUGUUAAAAGACACAGAUGAAUUGCUGAA